AUGCCGUACUCAUCGAAUGUCAAAUUUCCACGUUUCAUGAUGCAUUUUUCCUAUGCUGGUCAAGCUUAUGCCGGUGUCCAAGUGAAUGCAAGCGCGAAAAUUGACAGUGUACAAGGUGUUGUCGAACGUGCACUUUACCAUUUUCAAUCUAGUCAGCAUCCGCUUCGUUUCGGUGUUUCAUCUCGUACUGAUCGUGGUGUACAUGCAUUACAUAAUACGGGCACAUUCGACUGGAUAGCACCCAUUGAUGUAACAACACUUGUUCAACCUUUAAAUGCGUAUCUAGCCGAAAAAAACGAGCAAGUCCGCAUUCUACGUAUACAUCCUAUAUCACCGCAAUUUCAUUUUCGUCGUCAUUGUCUCGGCCGUAAAUAUGUUUAUCGAUUAGGUUUUCUUCAAAAGAAUGAAUUUACAAAUGUCAAUACGGAUAUUCCAUUUCUAAGAAAAAAACAACGUUUUCUCUUACGGGAUAUGACACCGGCAACUUGCAAUCUAUUUGAAAAAGAUUUUAUUACGUACAUUGAACCGCCCUACGAUCUCGACGCAUUUCGUCAAGGCAUUGAAGUUUUUCAAGGCCAACAUAAUUUUUCUGCAUUUACAAAUACUCAAGGCCGACUAAAUAUGGCAAUAGAACGUCGAUGUCCUGUAAAAACGAUGCGUCUUGGUUUUGUUGAAGGUGAACCAAUGGUACCAUUAAUGGAAUCGUCACCACUUCAUUCGUCAAUGCGCGUUUAUAAUCUUGUUUUUGAGGCUGAAGCAUUCCUUUAUAAAUUAAUUCGACGCAUCACGGGUACAUUAGUACAUAUUGCUAAAGGACAAAUGACAACUCAAGAUGUUCUCGAUCGUUUCGCUUGUCCACCUGAUUACUAUGAUAGUCCAUAUCCUACAACACUCAAACCACAUGGUCUAUUUUUGCAUGAAGUUAAAUAUAAUGAACAGGACUUUCUCAAUCCACCGUUAUUUCGACCUGAUGAUGUUGAUGAUGAUGACGUUUUGAUGGAAAUACAAGACGACGAUGAGGAUGAAGAAGAACUUGAUAGUAAAAUCAUGUCUGUCAGAUAG